AUGGCCACGACUGCUACCACGAGUUCUUCGUCGAAGAACCCACCACUGCGGAAUCUCCAAACGAAGGUGAAGGCGUUGAUGGAGAUGUUUAAAUCGAUUACCACUUUUGCGAGCACUUUGGGUGAAGUUACUUCGGUUCAGCAAAUAAACGUUAGAAUGGAUAAGUUAGACGAGCUGUGGGAUCGAAUGAACGACACCUUGAUGGAUGUUGAGAUGCACGAAGAAUACUCAUCGAAGGAAAAUACGUGUUCCAAUAUUAGGCAAGACUUCACUUCCAAAUACUAUAAUGCUAAGGCAUCUAUGUUGGAACGUAUUAAGGAAUUGGAAGCCAGCACCAGCGUCUUACACUCUACCAGAAUCAUGGAUUCAUCGAUGCAACCAACCAUCGAGCACGUCAGGUUGCCGCAGAUAAAACUACAAACCUUUGACGGCAAUAUCGACCAGUGGCUGAGUUUUCGGGACCUCUACCUAUCACUUAUUCACACCAAGGCCGACCUACCGGAAAUAGAGAAAUUUCAUUACCUGAAAGGAUGUCUCGCGGGAGAAGCAAGGGCUCUCAUUGAUCCAUUGUCACUUACAAGGGCAAACUAUCCAGUGGCAUGGGACAUUUUGAUGACCAGGUAUAACGACAGCAAGGUGUUAAAGCGCAGGCAGGUUGGGAACCUGUUCAAACUACCAAAGGUGUCUAAGGAGUCGGCAUCUGACCUACAAACUUUGCUAGAGGGGUUCGAACGCGUCGUACAAACCUUGGAUCAGUUAGUAAAGCCGGAAGAAUACAAGGACCUUCUGUUAUCAGAAAUGUUGUGCUCCAGGUUAGAUCCCAUCACACGCCGUGCGUGGGAAGAGCAUAGCGCCAACCAGAACCAAGACAAGGUGAUAGAUCUGACCCAAUUUCUACAAACCCGUGUGAAAAUAUUAUCGUCGCUCCCAUCGAAGCCGUUCGAAAACAAACAAGAGGUCUUCCAAUGGUCGAAGAAACACGUUUCCCGAACGAGUCACGCUGCAGCUCAGAUGACGGUCGGAAGCUGCAUUGCCUGCCCGGAAUCCCAUUUGCUGUACACAUGCCCUACGUUCCUGAAGUUGAAUGCUUCCGCUCGAGACAAGCUGCUGCGACAAAAUUCCCUCUGUAGAAACUGUUUUCGGCGUGGCCAUCAAGCUUCGGACUGCAGAUCGAACCAGGUUUGUCGUAAAUGCAGAGGAAAACACCAUACGCUAGUCUGCUUUCGCGACGACAGUGCAGGAAACAGCUAUACUCGUCCAUCGCAACCUUUCGCAUCUGCUAUCAACAGUAAUCCAUCCGCAUCAGCAACCACCUCAGCCGUCAAUUCAGGAUCCGUUUCAUCGAACAUGGCAAGAAAUCAUUCCUCAACCGUUCUGCUAGCUACAGCUGUCGUCUUAGUGGAAGACGAUGCAGGAAAGGUGUUCCAGGCAAGAGCUCUAUUGGAUUCGGGCUCUGAGUGCAACUUCAUGACAGAAGGACUCUGCCAGCUUAUGAAGGUGUCUCGAAAACGGUCGAACAUUUCUGUUCUUGGAAUAGGUCAAUCAAAUACCACGGUCAAGCAUCAGGUGUCAGCGGUCGUACGGUCAAGAACAUCGAACUUUUCUCAGCCAAUGGAUUUCUUGUUAUUACCCAAGGUUACCGCGGAUCUGCCGACAACAAACGUGGCAGUCUCUUCGUGGCAAUUCCCGCAGGGCGUGGAACUAGCAGAUCCAGCGUUUUUCAAAUCAACAUCAUUGGAUAUGGUGCUAGGAAUACAGCACUUCUUUGCAUUUUUUCCGAGUCAGACCAAAAUUCCGUUGGGCGAAGGUUUACCCAUGCUGAUUGAAUCAGUGUUUGGCUGGUUGGUGACAGGUUCGGUAGAAAGUCAAGCUUCUUCGUCACGCAUCAUCUGUAAUACGGUUUCCAAGGUGGAUCUGGAUGAACUUCUAACUCGUUUUUGGUCUUGUGAGGAGAUAGGGUCUCCAAACAAUUAUUCCCCGGAAGAGCAACGCUGCGAGGCGCAGUUUGCUCUAACCAAGUGCAGAAGUUCUACUGGGCGAUACACCGUUACACUACCGAAGGACGAGAAGGUGUUGGCAAACAUUGGCGAAUCACGGGAGAUGGCUCUCCGUCGACUUCAAUCCCAGGAACGUAGAUUGGAAAAGGACCCAGAACUACGUCAACACUACCAAGGUUUUAUGGAGGAAUACUUGGAGCUUGGACACAUGCGCAGGGCGAAUGUGGGUCCAGAAAAGCGGUUUUAUCUUCCUCAUCAUCCAGUUAUCAAACAGGCUAGCACAACCACCAAGGUACGAGUUGUGUUCGACGCAUCGGCUAAAAGUAGCAGCGGCAUAUCCCUAAAUGAGGCGUUAUUGGUUGGACCCGUAAUCCAGGACGAGCUUCGUGCUCUCAUACUGCGUAGUCGGAUGAAACAAAUCAUGGUAGUUGCGGAUAUUGAAAAAAUGUUCAGACAGAUCGGAAUUCACGAAGCGGACAUGCCUUGGCAAAGCAUCCUGUGGAGAGCAGACCCUAAAAAGGAGGUGGAAACUUUUGAAUUGGCUACCGUAACGUAUGGUACGAAACCGGCGCCAUUCUUAGCGACCAGAACACUAAAACAACUAGCCACCGACGAACAUCAUCGAUUCCCAGCAGCAUCAAGGGCCUUAGAAGAAGAUGUUUACAUGGACGAUGUAAUCACGGGUACGGAUUUGGAAGAAGAUGCUAUCAAAUUAUGUGGUGAUCUCAUCAAAUUAACCAAUAGUGGUGGCUUUCGUCUAAGGAAGUUUGCAUCUAACUCAACAGCGGCCCUGAGAGAGGUUGAUCCAGAUGAUCAAGCCCUACAGCAAACCGAAGAGAUCAACUUAGACCCAGACCCAGCGGUGAAAACUUUAGGACUUGUAUGGCAGCCACGCACCGAUUAUUUCCGGUUCAAUUUCACCAUUGAAGAAGUUCCCACGGAUGAACGGUUAUCCAAACGAAAGAUCCUGUCAGCUAUUGCUAUGCUGUUUGAUCCUCUAGGACUCGUUGGAGCAGUUACAGCAAGUGCAAAAAUGUUUAUGCAACGUUUGUGGCGUCUACAGGAUGACGGUGGAAGAUUGGGCUGGGAUAACCCAGUGCCGAUUAACGUAGAACAGGAAUGGCGGAAUUUCUAUCGUCAACUACCAGUCCUCAACGAUCUGAAAAUUCAACGAUGUGCAAUCAUUCCUAAUGCAAUUCAGGUGGAAUUACAUUUGUUCUCGGAUGCAUCGGAGCGCGCUUAUGGAGCAUGCGCAUAUAUAAGAAGUGUCGACGUCGAAGGAAAGUUUCUCGUGUGUCUGCUAGCAUCGAAAUCGAAGGUGGCACCGUUAAAAUGCCAAUCUAUUCCGAGACUUGAGCUCUGUGGAGCGCUUUUGGCAGCGGAAUUAUCCAACAAGGUCCGGACAGCAAUAAAACUGGAGCUUGAAAUGCACUUUUGGACGGAUUCAACUUGUGUUCUUCAAUGGUUGAAGGCAAUCCCAGCGACAUGGUCAACAUUCGUUGCCAACCGUGUUGCGAAAAUACAAACACUCACCGAAAACUAUUCAUGGAGACAUGUUCCUGGCUUGCAGAAUCCAGCAGACCUCAUCUCACGCGGUAUGGACCCAGAACAGAUAGAGGGAUGCAAUCUUUGGUGGAAGGGCCCUGAAUGGUUAGGGCAUUAUAAUUUCCCGGAGCAGCCAAGAAGCUUGGAGUCACAAUUAGCCGAAGAGGAAGUUCGACAUUCCGCUCACCCAGCCACCAGUUGUGUAACACAUUUUGGCGACGAGUAUGUGGGAAAAUUCUCGUGCUUUACCCAAAUUAUACGCAGUACCGCUUACUGGAUGCGGCUUAUGCGUAUUCUGAGAAAAUCGGAACCAAACCCUAGCAGUUUACUGACAGUCGAGGAAUUGAAAGAAGCAGAAUUUGUCAUUAUCCGCCGUAUACAACAAGAGUCGUUUCUUGCUGAGUGGAACGCCUUAACUAAAAACGAAGCUGUUCAUCGAGGUUCACCGCUGAGAUGGUUCACCCUGCGAAUAUCGUCGGACGGACUGAUUCGCGUUGGAGGAAGAUUAGGCAGAUCUUUGGAAUCGGAGGAUACGAAGCACCCGAUAGUGUUACCAGCAAGACACCCGUUUACAACGCUGUUAUUUAAACAUUACCACAUCAAACUUCUACACGCUGGUUCGCAAUUAUUACUUAGUACAGUAAGGUUGAAGUAUUGGCCACUUGGAGGCAGAAAUGUUCCGCGACAGGUAGUACAUAAUUGCAUGAAGUGUUUUCGAUCAAAACCAACCCCGAUCGAACAAUUUAUGGGAGAGCUACCUCAAGCACGGGUCACCAUUGCUAGAGCAUUUUUAAGGACAGGUGUUGAUUAUUUUGGACCUGUUUUUAUUCGUCCAGCACCCAGAAAACCGGCGGUGAAGGCUUAUGUAGCAGUUUUUAUCUGCCUUUGUACGAAGGCGGUACAUCUGGAGCUGGUAUCGGAUUUAUCCACGGAACGCUUUAUCCAAGCCUUACGUCGUUUCACGGGUAGAAGAGGACAUUGUUCCGACAUUUUUUCCGACAAUGGAACGAACUUCGUUGGAGCCCGAAAUUACCUAAAAGAAUUGACUAAGCUACUUCGCAGUAAACAACACCAAGAAGCCGUUUCCAAGCAAUGUGCUAACGAUCGUAUUCAAUGGCAUUUCAUCCCACCAGCAGCACCUCACUUCGGAGGACUUUGGGAAGCAGCUGUAAGGUCCGCUAAAAAACAUUUGUUGAAGGUUCUUGGAGAGUUUGCUGUUUCGUUUGAGGACAUGACCACGCUUUUGGUACAGGUAGAAAACUGUCUCAACUCUAGACCAAUAACAGCUUUGACGGAUGAUCCAGAUAACCUCGAACCUCUUACACCGGGACAUUUCCUCAUUGGCGAGCCUUUCCAACAGUUGCCAGAAAGGGAUUACAGCGAGGUGCCCAUUAAUAGGUUGAACAAUAUCCAUGGUUUACAGAAAAGACUUCAACUUUUUUGGGACCGAUGGAGAGUCGAAUAUUUAACACAGCUACAAGGACGUUUCAAGAGAUGGAGAUCGCCGAUAGAAAUCAAGGUUGGACAAUUGGUGAUCAUCAAGGACGAUAAUGUAGCCCCGAGUCGUUGGAAGAUGGGUCGAGUAGAGCAAGUGUAUCCAGGAGCAGAUGGAGUUGUAAGAGUCGUCACAUUGAAGACAGUUACAGGAUCAUCUACGCGACCAGUGGAGAAACUUUGCCUUUUGCCUGCAGCGUAUCAACCAGCUCUCAAUCAAGCAAAUGUCUUGGAAGGUCAAAUCGAUCAGUAG